AUGGAGAAACAAGCGGCGGUCUUGCCGACCGAUGACCCUCGCGAACCACGACCGCGCAAGGCGCCCCUGAGAUGGAGGUGGCCAUUUAUCUUUGCCACACUGCUGCUCGCAGUCUGGUCGAUCAAACCGAGCCAUGGCACCUGGUUUCCUCUCCGUGGUGGUAAGCCAUCUUCGACCGGUAAAGAUAAACCGUUCGACUGGGCCGACCUGCCAGUGCGAACGUAUCUCGACUAUCAUGACUGCGACAAGUAUUGGGGCGAGGACUUCCAGUGCGCACGAUUGGAGCUUCCGAUGGACUACUGGAAUGGCACCACGGACGCCACGGUCAGUAUCGCGAUUGUGAAGAAGCCGGCUGCUGUGCCGGUUACGCAUCCGCGGUAUGGUGGUCCUAUUCUGUUCAACCCUGGAGGCCCGGGCGGACCAGGCACCGGUCUGGUGCUUGCCGCAGCUGAUAGCUUCCGAGACAUCAUCGAGGACGAUAAUGCCAAAUUCUUCGACUACAUCGGUUUCGACCCCCGAGGAGUCGGCGAAAGUCAGCCGUUGAUCCAAUGCCUUCAAAGCUCCUUUCUCGAGCACAUGUGGUCCGUUCGGGUGAUGGAGGAGGGUGUUUUCAGUGCAUCAGAUGCUGCCUUUGGAAGGCUAUACUCCAUCGCUAAGGCCAGAAUGAAUUCCUGCUCUUUGCCAAGGGAAGAUGGUAAAGCUGAUAUUAAGCAAUAUGCGACUACAGCAUCCGUAGCAAGGGACAUGGUUGAGAUCAUUGAGCGCCAUGGCGAGUGGCGGGAGAAAGAAGCUGAAAGGUUGCUGAAUGAGGAGCGUUCGUUCGGUGAUCGGCUGUUUAGAAGUGUAGAGGUGCCAGAGGAUCUGAAGCAUCAUGAAGGGCAGGAGAAGAUUAACUACUGGGGCUUCUCAUACGGUACCUAUCUUGGGAAUACCUUCGCAGCAAUGUUUCCGGAUCGCAUCAAUCGUCUCAUCGUUGAUGGCGUUGUGGAUGCCUACGACUACAAGGAAACUAUCUGGAUGGACAAUCUGAAGGACACGGAGAAAGCACUGGACCUCUUCUACUACCACUGUGCUCGAGUUGGGUACCCGACCUGUGCUCUGGCCAAUGCUAUGGGCACCACAACAGCAGAUGGGGUUAAGGAGAGGACCUUCAACAUACUUGAGAGCCUAUACCACAACCCGCUCCCGGUGAUUGAUCGGUACAAUCCUGAUGUGAUCACUUACAGCGCCAUGAAGCAGUUUAUUUUCGGAACACUAUACGGCCCAAUCUACGGCUUUCCGUACCUCGCCAAAAUCCUUGCCAAAAUCGAAAGUGGCAAUUUCACUGAGGACGCGAUCGCACCAGGACUCUACGAUACAUUCUCCAACACUGAACGAGCUGCAGACUCACCGUUCAUUGGCGGAAUGGCCGUGUUGCAUAUGGAUGCCACGGUCGGUAUUGCGUGUACCGACGGGGACCCUCAAGGCUGGCUCACUCGAGACGAGUUCCGCGAGCACGUCGCCAAUCUAACAAAACUCUCUCCUGCAGGCGGUGACACGUGGGCCAUGCUGAGACUGAAUUGCAUGCACUACGAAGUCCGGCCAUUCUACCGCUUCGAAGGACCGUGGGUGGCUAAUACCAGUCACCCAUUACUCGAAAUUGGCAAUACUGCCGACCCGGUCACACCAGGGGCUUAUGCGAAGAAGAUGGCAAAGGGCUUCACAGGUGCAGUCGCGCUCAUCCAGGACUCUCCGGGCCAUUGCUCGCUGGCUGCUCCGAGCAAGUGCACGCAGGGCUAUGUUAGACAGUAUUUCCAGACUGGAGAGCUGCCUCCAGAGGACACGGUCUGCGAAGUAGAUGCUAUACCGUUCGGGCCUACGCCCGGCGAUGAGAGUGCUUUGGAUCUUGAGGUGGAAGAGCUGAUGGUGUCUUCGUCCAAGAUCGCCAGAGCCUUGUAUGCAUCAGGUGGGGGUGGGUUCAUGAACAGCAUGUUGAGCAGGAAUGGAGGCAUGCAUGAGGCUUCGUGGAAGUAA